AUGGCCACUCUACGGGAAAGCUCCCGAUUAACUCGGUUUGUCUGCAGGCAGCGCUCGCCGUGGCAAUUGACACCUCUCGUUGCCCGGCGAUGCGAAUCUACCGGUGCCGCAGAGGCUCAGUUCCCCGACCUCGAGACCUCGUCCCUGGCUGCGCCUGGCCCUGACGAUGCUGCCAUUCAAGCUUUCAACACGGCGAAGCGCUUGUCUGACAGACCGCAGCAGCUUCCCGGAAACAGACGAGGCGGCAGAUACCAGUACCAUCCCCCUAAGUACGACAGAGGUCCUCUUCACCCUAUUCAAUCACCGCCCUCCACCGAUCCUACGGCCCGCGACUUCGUUCCUGGACCCUUCAACCUCCCUCGACUGCGCCAGACGUACGAUACGACUAUCGCCGCCGAUCUCCUCACGAUGACCUACCUCCACAAGCCCCCGGGUACACCAGACCCCCCGGUACGAGAGCGUUUAAGGGCAUGGGACGACUCUUCGCCAUACAACAAGAACCGUCCCCUCCGCGGACCCAGAGGUGGUAGCAAGCUCGACCUGCUGGAGAAGAACAUCGACUGCCGGUCCGUCCCCAAAGUCUUGGCCGUAUCGCUGCACACCUUCAUCCCCUCGGCCGCCAAGCUGCCGGGACAGCUCCAGGUCGCCCGCUCGGUCAUCCAAUCCAUCAGCGGCAACGUCCCCGAGGUCACCAAGACCAAGAACAACGUUAUUCAGUGGAAGAUUCGUGAGGGCGACAAGACUGGUGUCAAGACGACCAUGCACGGUCCCCAGGCGUACGAGUUCAUUGACAAGUUGAUCAACCUCGUCCUGCCCAAGAUCAAGGACUGGCCCGGUGUCAACGCAACCACUGGUGACGGAAACGGUGGUAUUGGUAUCGGUCUGAGACCCGAUGACCUGGUCUGGUUCCCCGAGCUCCAGAUCAACUACGACAUGUACCCUGCCAAGCUCCUUCCAGGGUGCCAUAUUUUCAUCCACACGAGCGCCACUUCAAACCGCCAGGCCAGGCUUCUGAUGCAGGCUCUUGGUCUUCCUUUCUACGGAAAGUUCAAGGAUUAA